AACGGCGAGUGAGAGUGUGACACGGCUGGGAUGAUAUAGCAGAGGCCAGUCCACGCUAAAACCAUGGCUCUAUAGCGCUUCUGUUUUAUCUGCAUCGACAAAACUAGGCCAUGGGCUUUGCAAUGGGAAGCUCACACCUGUUACAAUCUUAUUUUCCCUCCUCUUCUUCUUCUACUUUCUCCUCUUCUCAUUCCCAUUCUGUUUUUUUCCAUGUCAAGAGCUGUAAUGGGAAGACCAAGAUAAAGAAGAGGGCAAUUACUGUUGCUUGUACUCGCCAAGAAGAUCAAUACGAUAUCGUUUUUAGCAAGAAGAGAGCGGUUCUCUUCGUGGGUAUUUCGAUUCUUCCCUUCUUGCAACUUAGAGCCAGAGCUCUUGAAGGUUCACUUACAAAAGAAAGUGAGCUCAAGACACUUGAAGAUAACAAAAAAGAAGGGGCUGCAAUUCAAAGAUAUACACCACCAAAUCCCUUCUUGUCUGUCCUGAAUGGACUUGGUAUAUUUGGUACGGGUGUGCUUGGUGCACUCUUUGCAUUGACUAAGAAAGAGAAAAAAGCCACUGAAACAGCAAUAGAAUCUAUGACAGCCAAACUGAAAGAGAAGGAAGCUGCCAUUGUGUCCUUAGAGAAGAACUUUGAGUCAAAGCUAUUGAAUGAACAGGAAGAAUGGACAAAGCAACUCAGAAAGGCAAAGGAUGAACAAUUGGUUCUUGUGAACCAACUACAAUCGGCUAACACUACAAUUAAAGGGCUAGGACAGGAGCUGAAAAAUGAGAAAAGAAUAGUUGACAAGCUCAAAGUUCAAAUAGAUGGUCUAGAAACCAGCCUUUCAAAGGCUGAGGAAGAUAAGAAAGCUCAUGAACAAGAACUAAAGGAAAAACUCAAUUCAAUUGAAGUCUUACAAGAUAGGAAUAACUUGCUUAGUUUAGAGCUCAAGGAUAAGGAAGAUAAUGCUCAACAUCUCAUCUCUUCACUUGCUGGGAAGGAACUGGAAUUGAAGAACUUGAAUUCUACCUACAAGGAAACAAAAGAUGAACUGGCCAAGGCACACACAGAAAUCAAAGCAUUGAAAGAUGAACUUCAGAGAAAUGGAAAGGAACUGGAAUUGAAGAAUUCUUUGGUGGAUGAAUUAAAUUUGACAGUGAGUUCUUUAAUCAUUGAGAGGGGUGAUUCUAACAAGAAAAUUGAUGCUGUUCAGGAGCAAUUCAGUGAUCUGAAGUCAUCCUCUGAAAAGAAGGCUGCUUUGGAUGCUAAGUUGUUGGCAGAAAAAGAAGAUGAGCUUCACCAACUAAAGGAGAAGCUUGAGCUUGCUCAGAAUGAAGUGAGCAGAAACCAAGCCAUGAUUACAGAUUUGACACAGGAAAAGGAAGAUUUGAGAAAAAUCCUUGAUACAGAAUUGAACAAUGUAACGAAUCUGAAACAUGAACUUCAAAGCACUCGGGAAGAUCUUGGAAAGCUGAGAAAUGAGGCUUCUGAUGUGGCAAAAGAACUCAAGCUGUCAAGAAAUAGGUGCACUGAGCUUGAGGCUGAGGUUUCUAGAGUUCAGGCUGAGUUUGCUGAAGCUACAGAAACAAUGCUGAAGAGCCUUGAGAAGGUGAAACAAAGUAGUGAAGUGUUAGCUAAGGAGAUUGUAGCAGUGAAGGAACAAUUGAGGAAAACCACAGUGGAGCUGCAAUUAAUGUCCCGUGAACUGGCAGCUGUUACAGAAAAUCGUGAUAGUUUGCAGAAGGAAUUAGUCGAUGUCUGUAAGAAAGCUGAAGUCACAGCCAAUGAACUAAGAGAAGAGAAAAAAUUAGUUUCUUCUUUGAACAAAGAGCUACAAAGCCUGGAGAAUCAAAUAUUGAAGGACAAUGGGGCAAGAAAAUCUUUUGAAACAGAUCUAGAAGAGGCUACUAAAUCACUGGAUGAGAUGAAUCGAAAUGCAUUGAUACUUUCUGGGGAGUUAGGGAUAGCUAAUUCUAGGAUCUCUGACCUUGAAGAUGAGAAACAGGUGCUUUACAAGUCCCUAACAGAGCAGAAGAAUGCAUCUAAAGAGGCCCAAGAGAAUAUGGAAGAUGCCCAUAACAUCGUCUUGAGGCUUGGAAAGGAAAGGGAGAGUUUGGAGAAGAAGGCAAAGAAACUUGAAGAAGAGUUGGCCUCUGCCAAGGGUGAAAUAUUACGAUUAAGGAGUAAGAUAAAUUCCUCAAAAGCUCCAGAAAAAGAGCAUCAAUCUCAGAAAGGUGAAGCUGAAGACAAGGUCACUGUUACUGCAAAGAGAACUGGCAGAAGAAGAAGAGCUAGCUCCCAAUGAAGUAUUGUAUUACACGAACUGCCAAUAUUAAUAUCUGAUUAGUUUCAUAUUCUAAAUUGUUUUGCUGUUAUCAUCCUUCAAACAAUAUAUUUUUAGGUUUUCAUCCAUUUCUUCAGUGGAGAUUUUCUCCAUGCCAAUGUAUUGUAUAGAUGGGAUCUCGAGGCAUAAAAUGAGGAAAUCCUUGUUCAUAAUC